AUGCCAAUCUCUACAGUUGCAUCAGAGUCUGCAUUCAGUACUGGCGGGAGGGUGAUUGAUGAAAGUAGAAGCUCCCUUACACAUGUGACUGUUGAAGCUUUGAUUUGCGCACAAGAUUGGAUACGGGACACCCCAAUUGAUAUCCAAUUUAAAAAUAUGAUGACUUUUUAUAUGGAAGAGACGCAAGAGAAGUUGGUUCCAAUAGAAACCAAUGAAUGGGGAAUUGGUGAAGAGAUUUACAUGGAUGUGGAUUGA